AUGUGGUCGAUCAACGACGGCGCAGCUCUGAAGAUCGUGGAGGAAGCGUAUACGCACCAUUUCAGGACCCUUGACUCGGAGCUCCAGCCUGAUAGCAGAGAUGCUGCGUUUGCGUGGUACAACAUCAUCCGGAGAUUGCGCGAGGGGCCCGAGUUCCAUAUCUUCACGUCGGGCUACGAGCGCAUUCUCCAAAGUUUUGAACUGCUGCUGCUGGCCGGCGCACGUGAACUGCGUUCCAACCGAGACGUGCAUGCCCUUGUGUCACGCCAUACACAGUCGCAUUGGACUUCGUCAGUGUCCAGAUGA